CUGAUAUAUGUAUUUUCUGUUGAAUCAUAAUGUAAACAUAAGGUAGAUGCAGCGCUGGUUAUCAGCCAUAGAUAACCAAUCGGAGAGUUGACAUGUGUUUACACAAACUUACAUAUUUUUAUUUAGCUUAUUUCUGACACGUAAUGUUAGUUUCGUUUGAUCGAUCAUGUAGUGUACAGAAAACUAUAGGAGCAUUGGUUUGCGUAUACAUUGCAUACGCAUUGUCUACAUCCACAUUGCGUGGAAAGUGUGGAGUUUACCUUUUUCAUGUUCUACUAAAACUUUUUCGAACUAGAUUGUGAGGUGGUGCUAUGUCUUGGGCACCCCAUCUGACUGCUCUGUUCACUUGGAUCCACGUAGCAGGUACCUUGGCGACAGUACCACUGUUGAUUGAAAAAAUCGAACCAAAUAGUACCAAGGCGAGGGUGUAUACUCUUAAUGCAACUCACCAUGUCGCACUUUUGUUCAGGAACAUACCAAAUCUGAAGACGCCUAAUCCGUUUUUGAUCAAAACGUGGUCGUCAGGUUCUGUAAGCGAACGCUUACCGAUCCUUGUGGUCGCUCAACAGAAAAGGCAAGUUUCAGCGUGGACUGUGCCUCUGACAGUCGAACCUCAAAGAACUCGAGAAGAUUAUUCGGAGGAAGAAAAUAAUGUUGGAAAGACUCUUUUUCAUAACGUUUCCAGGAUCAUGUGCCAUGAUUUCAUGCGCGAAAUUAUCAAUGGAGAGUUCUCAACGUUGCCGCUGACGAUCGCCCAGAGUUUCGUGGUGGGUCUGUCGACGUCUUCUCCAACGAAUGUCUCGGUACACGUAGAGCUGGAGGAACAGACGAAGUUCUUCUUGAAAGCCGGCAAGUCGUACACGCUCAGCGUAUCGCCGAGUCAACCGAAGUACGCUUUUUAUAAGUUUACCGACAAAACUUCCGAUACUGUGGUGGUGGAGGUGGGAUCGGGAGAUGACAUAUGCUUGACCAUGUCCAUUCAAGACGCCAAGUGUCCAGUUUUUGACAUGUACAAAGAUAUAAAAUAUGAAGGUAUUCACCAAACGAUGAAUAUAAAAGGAGCAGUUACAAUAAGGCGUAAGGACUUCCAAGGCUCGCAAGGCUUCUUCGUGGUCCUCGUAGCGCAUCCCGACGAUACCGAAUGCGGCCAAUCGCAUUCAGCCUUGCCCUCCCCUUUAACAGCUAGAGAAAAGCCAAACGCGGACGCGAACAUCGAGACUAAAGUGACCGUACUAGUUCGCGAUGGCUUGGGCUGGAAAGGAUACACGAAGGCGGCCUGGGGAGCCAUAGGCGUACUACUGUUGCUUGCCGUCAUACUCCUUGCAAUGCAAAUGGCGCUGAACAGAUACGGCACCAUCGCAAAGUAUUGCUUCGAUGAUGUGAUCGUGACAGACCAUUAUCAUCACAUGGACGGAGAACAAGUAUGUAAAUUGUUGCAAGAGAAUAGGUUGACUUUGUCUUUGUUAGCCAGACAACCUCGAAAAAUCAAGAAGCGCUCUUAUAACUAUCUCUCACACACGCUCAGCAUUGCACUUUUCUACAGUAUUCCUGUGGUCCAGUUGGUUGUCACCUAUCAAAGGUAAACAUAACCGGUAACGAAGAUAUGUGCUACUACAAUUUUCUUUGUGCCCAUCCUGCAUUUGGAUUCAGCGAUUUUAAUCAUAUUUUUUCGAAUAUCGGAUACGUCGUGUUCGGCAUUGUGUUCAUUUUAGUCGUUAUGGAUAGACACAGGAUUAUCCAGUUCAGAAAGGAAAAAGGAAUUCCUGUGCAUUACGGUUUAUUUCAUGCAAUGGGAGUUGCUCUUAUCAUAGAGGGUUUGCUUUCUGCCUGCUAUCACAUAUGCCCCAGUCAGUCGAACUACCAGUUUGAUACUAGUUUUAUGUACGUAAUGACGGUACUGAUAAUGGUUAAACUGUAUCAAAAUCGUCAUCCUGAUAUCAAUGCAACAGCCUAUACUACCUUUACAGUCCUCGGAGCCGUCAUAUUUAUGGCCACAGUUGGUAUCUUGAAUGGGAGCCUUUCAGUAUGGGUUCUAUUUGUGGUGUCUUACAGCGCCCUCUGUGUAGCAGUGUCCCUAAAAAUUUAUUUCCUAAAUCACGUAUUAGAUGGGUUGAAGCAAUGCAAAGGGAUGAUACAAAAAGAUGGAUUUUCUUCAGAUGCCUUUAAGCCGGUCCGAAAAGCUAGAUUUUGCCUACUACUAACUUCUAACUUAGCCAACUAUGCAAUGUUGGUUUCAGGACUGUGUCUUUAUUCAAGGAAUGUGACUGAUUUUGGUACAUUUUUGCUUGGCCUACUCAUGGCUAACGCUGUUAUCCAAACUAUUUUUUAUACUUCCAUGAAGCUAUGUGCUGGGGAGAGAGUAUGCCCCGAAGCAACGAUUUAUGGGCUCCUAGGGGCCGCUACCUGGGUCACAGCUGGAUUUUUUUUCCUCGAUGCAGCCACGUUAUGGACUGUAACUCCAGCUGAAUCAAGACAGUGGAACCAGCCUUGCGUCCUGCUAGAUUUCUACGACAAGCACGACGUGUGGCACUUACUCAGCGCUCCCGCGCUUUAUUUCACUUUUAUGUUCCUCAUGUGCCUCGAUGAUGACAUCAUCGAUCGUCCGCAGUGCGAAAUACCUGUAUUUUAGCUAUACUUUUUAUACUGAUUAAAUUUUAUUGGAAAAUCAAAGA